UCGUGUGGAUUGUUUAUGUUAAAUUUUAUGGAGUAUUGGACAGGAGAACUUUUGUCAGAUCAAUUCACUCAGGAGGACAUGAAAGAAUUUCGACGAAAAUUAGCUGUCAUACUAUUGGAGAGAGAACUUAAUAAGUUAAAAGGAAGUCCAAUAUACUAUGAGCCUGACAAUGAAGAACUUGAAUUUGAUUCUGAUGUUGAGCUCCUGGAUGAUCGAAAGCGUAAGCGGCAAGAUACACCUGAUGGAGCCGAAGACAAAAGCCCCCAUCCAGUCCCAAUCAUGGGCGUAGACCUGCAUGAUUUAGUUGACAAAAUAUGCAAUGACAUCAUGGCAAUUAAUGAUGCUGAUUUGUUGGAGUAAGCACCAUGUCUAAGAAAUAUAAAGCUUCAAUAUUAACUAUUACAAUGUUAUGAUUAUUAAUUGUUACCUAUAGGAAGGAGUGGAUGUGAAGCUCUAAACCCCAUCCAAUAGGAUUAAGUCUUAGAAGAAUUCAGGGUAUACUCCACAGGGACCAUCCGCUGGACAUUCAUUGUUUCAACAUGGCUAUACGUAUACUUGCAUGUGAC